CCUAACGAAAAAACGAAGGGUGAUAACUUCCGCUUGAGGUCAUAAACCCAGUACAUUUCUCGGCUUGAUUCCCGCCGGCGCGAUCAUGUACCGAUCUUCCAGCUCCGGCCGGCUCUCUCAGUCCCCUCCACGCUCCUCGCCGUCGUCUCUAUUGCCUGCACGUUCCUCUCCCAAUCUCAAAUUAACGUUAGCCGGCGAGCUGCCCACGUUCAACCCCCGAUCUUAUAUCGCCGCGAAAGAGAGAGACCGCGUAAGAUUUGCGGAGAACGCCGUCCAUCUCAUCCCACUCAUACUCGUCUUGUCUGUUAUCGUAUUGUGGCUUUUCUCUGAUCCAGAUUCAGUUGUGAUGUGAAUGAUAGUAGAUUCAAUGGUGCAGCGGAAAGAGCAGAUUGUUAUCAAAGUUGGAGCUGGAGGACACUGAUAAUCCAUAGAUUCAGUAGGUAAGGACUGUGCUGGAUGACAUAGAAGCCCUACUAUGCAUUUCGAUAGACUUCUUAUUUGUACUCUUUUACUUCUUUGCUUCUUACUGAGCUUAAAGGCUUAUUACACGGAGUAGUAUAUGAUUCAUUGUUAUUGAAAACACAAAUUUUCUUUUACUUCCUUUAGAAAGUUUUGCCCUUUGGGUUUUAGUAGCCAGAAAGAGGCCAGAAUCUAUAUACUCUUUCUGUAUCCAUCUUUUGUAAUUUGGAAGUGUAUGUACAGCUGCAAUACAUAAUAGCACAAUACUAAACCAAA